AAAUGGUGCCGGAGUUUCCCAUUUGGAAAAUAUCAGAAUAGACCAAUAACGUACAUACAUUUUUAACUCGGAGAUACCGAGUUUCCGAGUUGUAUUGAAAGCACCAUAGUGACAGCAUCUGUCAGUGCGAGCCUGUCUCCACACACACAUAGCGCUGAGAGACGCAGAUAAUCGUGAACCGGAGCAUCCAAGUUCAGACGCUUAUCACGCUUAGCGUUUUUCUUAACCGGCCAGUAUGCGAUGAGGUGCGCUCUCUCCGCCCGCUACAGCUGAAAAACAACGAGCAACAACAGUUCUAAAUAGUGUGGAAUUGUUUUCGCUGCAGUCAUGGCAGGCCUGCUUCGCCCGCUUUUAUUCGGCUCCACACUGUUUUUCCUACUGCCAUGUGAUGCCCUGCUAAGUGAUGGACCACCCACCUUGCUGUCCACCUCCCAGCCCUCUCCUCUGUCCCUCAUGGACCUGGACCAAGAUGUGGAGGAGCAGCCGGAGAGGAUGACCGUUCCAGGCAGCCCCACCACAGUACCAGGCCUAACCUCCCAGGGACAGGAGUCCUCGGGGUUAUUCAAUGACGACAACAAGCCUCUGCAGUCCUCUGUUCAUCUCUGGGAUGAUGUCAGGGACCAAGUCAACGUCACUGGUCUAGACAGGAAGUCCCUCAGAGGUUACAGUCAGACCCUCUCCCAGACCUCCACCUCUCCUAUGGAGGAACCCAGACAGGGAAAUCACACCUCUCCCUUCAAGGAUGUGGUGGAGAGGCAGGAGCGGGAGCUAUGGGAGAUGGAGAGAGAGUCCAGUGGCCUCCCCCUGGAGGCUGGCUACGGCCAGAACCAGAGCCUGCCUACCACCACCUCCAACACCACCACAUCCAACACCACCACCUCCACCACCACCACCACCACCACCACCACCACCCCCACCUCCAACACCCCCACCACCCCUGCUGCUGACCCUCUGGUUCCUGUAGACUCAACCACCUUAGACCCACAAUAUGUCCCAGUGUACGGGGGUUCACAAUCAACUCCUGAAGACACAGUGGAGGUAGAGGUAGCAGAUGAUGAGGAGGAGGAGGAGGAGGAGGAGGAGGAGGAGGAGGAGGAGAGGGAGAGUUCCACCCCUGAGCCUGAUGCCUCCACCUCCAGACCAACCCUCCCAGAGGUGGGUGUCUUCCCCAGCCUCGGGCCUCUCCAGUCGGACAACACCCAUACAGAAGACCAGGAGGAGGACGAGGAAGAGGAGAGGGAGAGUUCCACCCCUGAGCCUGAUGCCUCCACCUCCAGACCAACCCUCCCAGAGGUGGGUGUCUUCCCCAGCCUUGGGCCUCUCCAGUCGGACAACACCCAUACAGAAGACCAGGAGGAGGAAGAGGAGGCAGUGGUCCCUGGAAGACCUAGGAGUGACUCGGGAAGAGCAGGGAGAGGAGGGGACAUCUCUCCCCUGACCACAGCCCCCUUGGCGUCUCUGGCGCCCACGGUCGACGUCACGGAGGAUUCAGCGGUCCGUCUGGAGGACGAGGAGAUGUUCGCUGGGAAGGAGAUCCAGGAGAAGGAGAGGAGGCAGGAGGAGGAAAAGAAGCAUGAUGAGGAGGAGCAGGAGAUCAGGCAUGGAGGAAAAGAGCUGUUAACAGAGGCAGAGCUCCUCCGUGGUGCACACUUCUCACAGGAGAUACAGCAGGUGAUCUGUGUGGACUGGAGCGAUCUGGCUGGGAAGGGGUACGUCAUCCUCAACAUGUCAGACAACGUUGACUGUGAUGAGUUCCGUGUGGAUAGUGGAGACCGGCUCUUGGAGCUGCUAGAGACAACCUUCUCUAGGAAGAUGAACAGUCCUCAGGGCUCCUGGCUCAUCUCUCUCUCUAAACCCACCCGACAGGACCACCAGCUGCUCGUCACGCUGACCAACGAACACGGAGUUAUUGCCACCAAGGAUAUGUUGUCAAUGUUAGGCGAAAUCAGGAGAGGUUUACACGAGAUUGGUAUCCAGAACUACAGCAGCGCUAACACCUGUCACUCCAGGCCCAGUCAGACUCGUAGUGACUACGGGAAGCUGUUUGUGGUCCUGGUGAUCAUAGGUUCUGUCUGUGUGGUCAUCAUCGCGUCUGGUCUCAUCUAUAUCUUCUGGCAGAGACGCCUGCCUAAGAUCAAGACUAUGACUCGAGGCGAGGAAUUCCAUUUUGUGGAGAACGGCUGCCAUGACAACCCUACCCUGGAUGUGACGAGUGACGGGGGGGGGCAGCCAGAGAUACAGGAGAAGAAACAUCGCCACGCCAACGGACUGACGGCUGGGUCUGUGGGGGAGGGAGGGAGUAGUGGCUGGCAGGUCCUGGUCAACAAACCUGGAGUGAAGGAAGAGGAUACUAUGGAAGAGGAUACACACCUUUAGUAGAGAGAAGAAGAGUGGAAGAGGAUACUAUGGAAGAGGAUACACACCUUUAGUAGAGAGAAGAAGAGUGGAAGAGGAUACUAUGGAAGAGGAUACACACCUUUUAGUAGAGAGAAGAAGAGUGGAAGAGGAUACUAUGGAAGAGGAUACACACCUUUAGUAGAGAGAAGAAGAGUGGAAGAGGAUACUAUAGAAGAGGAUACACACCUUUAGUAGAGAGAAGAAGAGUGGAAGAGGAUACACACCUUUAGUAGAGAGAAGAAGAGUGGAAGAGGAUACACACCUUUUAGUAGAGAGAAGAAGAGUGGAAGAGGAUACUAUGGAAGAGGAUACACACCUUUAGUAGAGAGAAGAAGAGUGGAAGAGGAUACUAUGGAAGAGGAUACACACCUUUAGUAGAGAGAAGAAGAGUGGAAGAGGAUACUAUGGAAGAGGAUACACACCUUUUAGUAGAGAGAAGAAGAGUGGAAGAGGAUACUAUGGAAGAGGAUACACACCUUUAGUAGAGAGAAGAAGAGUGGAAGAGGAUACUAUGGAAGAGGAUACACACCUUUUAGUAGAGAGAAGAAGAG